UACAGCUCCAGAUACUGACAGAAAUGUUCUUAUCAAUCACCCAAAUUGCAAAACUUCUUGGAAUAUCUGUGAGGACAGUGAAACGUCGUUUGCAUGAAUAUGGCAUUUCCAUAAAGCAGUGCUACAGUACAACAAGUGAUGAAGAGCUGGACAAUUUAGUAAGAUCUAUAAAGACAAGAACACCUCAUGUUGGAUACAAGAUGAUGAAAGGGAUGCUUCAAGCCAUGGGCCACCAUGUACAGUGGAAGAGAGUGUACUCGUCAAUGCACCGUGUGGACUCUGCUGGUAUUGUCUCAAGAAUGACAAGGCUGGGAUUUGUGGUACGAAGGACAUAUUCAGUGCAAGGUCCUCUUUACUUGAUGCAUAUAGACACGAACCAUAAACUAAUAAGAUUUGGCCUGGUGAUAUUCGGAGGGAUAGAUGGGUACUCAAGAAAGAUCAUGUACCUGGGUGCUGCUGCCAACAACAGAGCAUCAACUGCACUUGCUUUCUUCUUGGAGGCUGUACAAAAGUAUGGCUUUCCAUUGAGAGUUCGAGGGGAUCAAGGGGUGGAAAAUGUUGGAAUAGCAAGAUGCAUGUUCACCAUCCGGGGCUGUGGAAGAGGAAGCUUUCUGUCAGGCAAGAGUGUUCACAACCAAAGAAUAGAGCGCUUGUGGCGAGAUGUGUGGAUGGCUGUUUCAAGCGUGCACUAUGAAACCCUUCUCAACCUCGAGGAUGAAGGCCUUCUGGAUCCAACUGAUGGUGUCCACAUGUUUUGUGCCCAACAUACAUUUCUUCCACGUCUGCAGAGGGAUCUGGAUGUCUUUAGACAGGGUUGGGAUAACCACCCUCUAAGGACAGAGAGGAAUCUGUCCCCACAACUGUGGACACUGGGACUCCACCAGAAUCCAGUUGAUACUCCAGACACAGUGGAGGAAAUCGAGGAUGCGUACUUGGAUGUCAACUCUAUUGGUGAGCUGGAUGGGAGCAAUCCUGGAGUAAUUCUUCCAUCUGUUGAAUGUCCUCUAUCUGAGGAGGACAUGGCAAGACUAAGAGACACUGUCAAUGUAACAAGGCCCUCUCAGUCACAUGGCCGAGACAUUUAUUUGGAUGUACUUAACUUUGUACUAACUCACCGUUCCUAGGCGGCAACAUUUUUAUUUUGAAUUUUCAACCCAGAGAAGGUUCAUGAAUAGCUCAGACUUUUAUUUG